CAAUCACACACAUUGUCUAGAUCAAAAAGCUAGGGUUUUAUCAAAAGUCACCGCCAUCAAUCAUCAAUGCCGAAGAAUAAAGGAAAGGGAGGUAAAAAUCGCAAGAGAGGGAAGAACGAAGCUGACGACGAUAAGCGAGAGCUUGUAUUCAAGGAAGACGGCCAAGAGUAUGCUCAAGUGCUCCGUAUGCUCGGAAAYGGCCGUUGUGAGUCCAUGUGUAUUGACGGCACUAAACGUCUUAGCCACAUCCGUGGUAAGAUGCACAAGAAGGUUUGGAUCGCCGCGGGAGAUAUCAUUCUCGUUGGACUUCGUGAUUACCAGGACGAUAAGGCGGAUGUUAUCCUUAAGUAUAUGCCUGAUGAGGCGAGGCUGUUGAAGGCGUACGGUGAGUUGCCGGAUAAUAUUAGGCUUAAUGAAGGUAUUGUUGGUGGAAUUGAUGACGAGGAGGAUGGCGCUGGUGAUGACUAUAUCGAGUUUGAAGAUGAAGACAUCGACAAAAUCUAGGUUUUCAAAUUGGGAUGGAAUGAACGAAAUUGAGUUCUGAAAAGUUAAUGGUUUGUAGAAUCUCUGAGCUCUUGGAAUCUGAAUUACCUGUGAGAUUUUAGUGUCGUUAAGAUUAUAAGAAAAAAUUAUCUGUAUCCUUUUCAUAUAAAUGCCAUUUGAUAGCCUUCUCUUGAUAUGUGUUAAUGUUGGCUAAGUUAUUGUAGCCAUCUUCAGGUUAA